ACAAGUUCAGAUAGUUAACUGAAGAAUUAAGUGGUGGAGCCGUCUUUGUCGAAUAUCGCGGGUUUUCUCCAGGCACUUUCAAGAAGUGAUUUAUAAGCACCUGCCCUAUUUUAAACAAAAAACUGAGGAAAGCGGUCUCAGCCAAGCAAGUUCCGAGAAAGAAGUUUUUUCUGGGCCCGAAGCGUUUGAAAACAACGGACUGAAUGACUAUCCAGUGACAUUUAUUCGUCCUUUUAGAGGGAUCAUUAUUUACUUUUCCAAUGCUGCAGCUCUAUGAAACUCUUCGUCAAAAAGGUCGUCAGCAAUCGCAUCAACGACUCGAGUUGCUUCGGACUGCUACGUCUUUAAUCAGUACGUGACUGCUUCAUAAAAGUUUUGAGCGGGAUCAUGCCAGUUUCCAACAGUUCAGGAGAAACUUGCAAUGGUUUUGUGUCGUAAAAUCCAACUAGUUUAAUUGACAUUCACAAAGAUUCUGUCUAACAUGAGAAUCUGACAAGCUCUAUUAAGGAAUCUUUUCAGUGGUCCACGGUGCAUUAUCGUUGCAGCCUCGCAUGGUCGAUCUAUUCGCUGUUUAUUUUCGCAUUAUUACGCUGAAUGUAAGUUUGGAAGCACGGAUCUAUGAGUCAGAGGGAAGGAGGGGUGAACCGACAACGUAGUGUAGAAACAGGUCUUACACAGGCUAUACGCCCGAUGUUGAUAUGCGCCUCAGAGUCAAGCGUUUCCGUGAGAAAUCAGCAGGGCUCCGAUCAACUCUCUGUCUCCCAGACUUCCGAGUCAAGAAUGGCAAAGAUGAAAAAAAAAAUCAGUUCACCCUUGCCAAAAAGAAGAAGUACAGGUAGUGGUGCACCGGCAAUGACCAACAAGACCUUUGGGGUUUCUAUUGAUGAGUUACUGAAGCGGUCUGAAGGAAGAGAAAUACCCCCAAUCAUCACAAGCAUAGUAGAAUACCUAACAAAGCAUGGUCUAAACCAGGAAGGAAUUUUUCGAAUAAGUGGUAAUCAUAAGGUGGUCGAGUCCCUCAAGGCAACAUACGACAGAGAUGGCAAAGCCAACUUGGAUCAGGUUGGAGAUGUUAUAGCUGUGGCUGGUUUACUCAAACUUUUCUUGAGAGAACUACCUGAGCCACCUAUUCCUCAAGAUAUGACAGCUGAUUUCAUUAAAAUUUAUCAAGCCCAUAAAGAUGAUGGAGGGGGUCUCUCUGAUAUGAAGGCAUUGUUAGAGAAGCUUCCAACAUCCAAUUACAAGUUGCUCAAGUACCUUUGCCGGUUUCUUGUGACUGUGUCUAUGAGUGAAGAAAACAAUAAAAUGAGUCCAACAGCUUUAUCCAUAGUAUUUGGACCAAACUUUUUCAGAUGUGGUGAUGGAUUAGAAGGUCUCCGCGAACAAGGUCGCACUAAUGCAAUAGUUGGCAGGUUUAUUGAAGAAUUUGACACUUUAUUUGAGGUAUCUCCUUAUGCCACCAAUGACAUAUUUAGAGUUCAAGAGGCAAUGACAAAUGACCCUCCAGUGCUACAGGCACACAACAAAUCACUUCAAAAGAUUGUCAAUGAAAAGAAUGAAAGCUCAGCUAGUGAUGAGGACUCAUUUCAUCUUACUAGAGAGAAAGAGAAAGCCCAAGAAGAUGGCCCCACUUAUGCCACAGUUAAGAAGGCAAAAAAGUCUCCACAACCCUCCACUCAUAUAACACCACCUUCAGAAGACCUGGAUAUGUAUGUGAGGUCUGUUUCACCGUCAUGGAAUACUCAACAAAGUGGUUUAGGCCCCACACCAGAAUCUACGAAGCCCCCUGCUGGCAAGGAAAUACUACAAAAGGUAAUCAAUGAAUCUAUUAAGGAGCACUUGUUUGGGCCAGACCUGACAUCUACAGAUGAAAACAGCCCACACUCGCCAGAGUCAGGAGAUGAAGGUCCACCACUACCAAGUCGUAACUACAGCGAUGAGGAAGCUGGGAAACAAAGGAGGAGAAGGAGAAGAAAUGUGAAGAGUGUGAUAGAGACAUCAGAUUCAAGCAGCAUUGUUGAAAACACUUACCCUCAGAAGAAGGCUACAAAGGAAACAGUGAACUUGCUUGAUAAAGAUGAUAAAGACCAGGUGAACAAGGAAAGCUUGGUGAAACUUCUGAAGAAGAGACCCAAAUCUGAAGGAUUUGAAUUGUUCGAAAAGAAGGGAAUAGUUAUAGGUGUGGACAAGAACGGCAAUAACGUAUUCAGCUCUACAUUUCCUCGGAAAAACGAUGGUCAAAAAGAUGACGAGGAUAUUUAUGAAGAAAUAUUAAGUAAAAGUAAAAGUGACCCUCUGUCCAGUGUGAGAAGGACUUCUGAGAUUUUGGAAUCUCUCACGCGUAAUAGGGCAGCUCCUCCUAAAAACAGACGGAGACCAAGCCUGAAGAAACGACACGAAACUAGUGAGAUUUUCACAAACGAAGAUGAUGAAGACCUGGAUCAGGGUGGUCAGCAGAGACAAAAUAGGUCAAAAGUACAUCCUUUAGUUGAUGAAGCAAAGAAUAAAAAUGUAGUGUCGACAACGCCACCCAUGUCACCGAGAAACAACAGAUCAUCAAGGAUUCAGCUUCAGUCGGCUUCCGCCAGGCAAGAGCAGGGCGAAGUGGAUGAAGUAGAUUCGUCAUCGUUCAGACACAGAAAAGAACUCCUCACCAAGCAGUACAAGAAGAAGCAUCACGGAGCACCCAUCGUCCCUCCACUAGAGCUCUACAAGCUCCAGCAACACGAUGACGGCAUACAGCUGUCUCCCAGGGAAAGAUACGAUGGACUUGGCACAGAUGAAGCAUUAUUGUCCCCUAGAUCUCGGCCCCUUACCAUCGAUACCCGUACCAUUCCUCACGAGUGUCCUCCGUCUCCGCCUCAUGAGCAGAUAGAGCAUUCCUGGUUUGAACGAAGAGUGGAUACAUCUCCAAAGGGUGAAUUAACCGUCAAGCAACUCACUAAGACAAUCAGUCAGCUCAAGAAGAAAAUACGCGACUUCGAAGACACAUUCGAGGACGAAAACGGUCGAAGGCCGUCACAGAGCGAAAAAGCGCCUAUAAAGAAAUACGUGGCAGAACUUGGCCGUGCAAGAAAACAGCUCAAAGAGCUUAAGGAACGCGCUAAAGGAGAGGCAGAGCGCUUGAAUGAAACUGUGCCUCCGAUGAGCGGACAAGGAUUGAAAAGCAGUAAUAGCGAACCAUUGCUUACGACCACGCCAGCGAGUAUCGAACACUCCUUGGAGAGCUUGCUGAAAAAGUUGCAAGAAAAGAGGAAGGAAACCGGCAGACCGGAGGAAGUAGAACAAAUGAGUCGAGACCAGCUUCAGGACGAGAAGCUAGCAGUACAAAAGGCGCUACUUCAACACGAAAGUGUGUUCGGUCGGCCUAAUAGUAAAAAAGACAAGGAUGUGAUGAGGCCUUUGUAUGACAGAUACCGCAUAAUCAAGCGGAAACUUUCCACACCCGUCACAGAACCGCCAGUGAAAGUCCAAGGUAACCGGCCGCGUACAAGUUCAAUCGAUAGAAUGGUAUCUGAUCUGGCUCCAAUUCACGAAGAUGCUCCUUUGCACUCACCCAGUGGAGGCUCUCCUGCCAGAAACCUUACUCAGUCUCUUCCCAUCUCUGGCGGCAAGGACUUACCUCGAAGGCGCAGUACAGGCAACAUGCCCUUUACAGACACAUUAGAUUUUGAUGAUGAUGAUACUUUUGGUGACACAAUCCAGGACACACUGUCUCUCCGUGACUCUACUCAGCUCAGGGACGAGCUUAGAGAGGACGCUAAAUUCCACGAAAUGAGCCAAGAUGAGUUGAUUGAACAGCUAGAGCUUAAAAGAAAAGAGAAAAAGAAAAUGAGAAAGAAAUUAAAGAAAUUUGAAGGUGAUUUCUUAGAGGAGACUGGAAGGCGUGUGCAGAGAGACGACAGAGGUGAAAUGCAAAACGAUUACCACGAGUAUAAGCACAUAAAGCAUCAGUUGAAGCUUAUAGAGGCUUUGUUAACAAAGCGCCAAAUAACUAAUACGAUGUAAACUUUCAAGAGUUUUUCUUGUGUAUAUUAUUUCCGUUAUUUGUUUAUAGAAACUACUUUAUGAUCUGUUGAAUUUUGUAAAGAGUUUUAAGAGAAAUUAAAAGGUUAUUUUUUGUCAAACGAAAA